AGGAUAGCGUCCGGUUUUGUGAUUUUCCUAUAAAAUAGGCGUCUGGGAUGAGUUUAACGUUAUUCAACUUCCACGGCCCUGAACAAAACAUAACCAUGUACAAACUGUUCAUAUUCGCCGCUGUGCUGGGGCUCGCUGCUGCCAAAGCUAACUAUGGCUCGGCUGUAUCCGUCGCGCCAUCAGUGGCCGUGUCAACACCUGUACCUUACACCGCAUCAGCAGUACAAUCAGCACAAGUCGCCUACCCUUCACCAGUGGCCUACUCUGCACCAGUAGGCUAUUCGUCUCCAGUAGGCAUUUCUGGACAAGUAGGCUACCCAGCACCAGUAGGAUACUCAUCGCCAGUAGGUUACUCCUCACAAGUGGGAUACUCUGCACCAGUAGGUAACCCCGCACCAGUAGCCUAUUCGUCAGCAGUUGCCUACUCUGCUCCCCCAGCUGUGGGUGUUACCCCUCGUAACGGGUACUCUGCUCCAGUAGCCUCGGCACCAGUCUCCUCAGUCGCCUACUCUGCCCCUGUCUCCUUCCCCAGGUCUGCCGUAUCGUCCGCACCAGCAGCAGUUUCCUAUGCCACCCCAUCGGUUAACCCUGCACCUUACACUGCUCCCGUCCCCGCACAAAUUGCCUCAUUCGGCUACCCAUCAUACCCAGCCCAGUUUGCUUACUCUGGUUAUUCCCCAUACUAUACUGGAUACCCUGGCUACAACUAUGGAUUCGGUUACAACUACCCAUCUUACUACUGGAAGAAACUAUCAAACAUGUACAAAUUGUUGGUUGUCGCCGCUGUUUUGGGGCUUACCGCAGCUAAGCCUAGCGGUCUGUUUGGCGGAGUAGCUUACACUGCCCCAGCCGUUGCCGCCGCCCCAGCCGUCGCUUACUCUGCACCCGCCGUCGGCUACUCUGCGCCCGCGAUCGGCUACUCUGCGCCCGCCGUCGGCUACUCUGCGCCAGCUAUCGGAUACUCUGCACCAGCCAUCGGCUACUCUGCACCCGCUGUCGCUGCCCCAGUAGCUUAUUCUGCCCCUGCCGUCACCGCUCCAGUAGCUUACUCUGCCCCAGCCGUCUCUGUCGCACCUGCUGUAUCCUACGCAAGGUCCGUGGUCGCUGCUCCAGCCGUCUCUCCCAUCGGCUACAAUGCCGGUUACGCUGGUUAUGGAUAUGGCGCUGCCCCCAUUGCCUACUCUGGAUAUGGUCUAGGCUACGGAUACGGCGGUUACGGCUACUUGAAGAAACGUUAAGAUCCAAGCGACUACCACAAUCAGUUUUAGGUACAUGUUCAUAUGGCAAUAAAUGUAAAAUGAUAAAAUG